GUGAGUCAUGAACGUCAGCUUGUGACAGUUCAUGCCAGUGAUGGGUCUUUAUGGAUCAUAAUGACCAAUUAAUAUUAAUUUAUAAUAUGAAACGAGGAAGUUUCGGGUCAAAAUUAUAUUUGCAGGAAUAUUAUUUUAGUUCGUUAUAGAUUUCCAAGGUAAUUUAAUAAUAACAGAGGGUGAUUUAUAUCUAUUUCGUGUUAAAAUAUUUCUAACUGGAGGUAUCUACUGCACUGGAUGAUAUUUAUUCGCUAGUCAGACAAGAAUCGGUUUGAUUUCAGUGUGUCUUUACAAAAAAAAGUUGUUCAUGUAGAUAAAAAAGAUAACAAUGAAUAUCAACGUAAAGAACGAAUCCAAAGAACAUAUAGAACAUAAAGAAAUGUUGAAACCCGAUAUUCAAAAGAAACCAGUAAUUUUGAUGGCGUAUUCGAAACAUUUAAAAUCCAUUACACAUCAAACAAGAAGCUAUGAUGAUGAAUCAGUAAAAGGUCGAUUCGGAUGGGCACAAAUAAUGACAAAUGAUAUACCAUACAUUUUCAGAACGGACGGUAAAUACGUCUGUUACAGAAUGCUGGAACAAAAGGUAUUAUCAAAAUUAUUCCUAAAUUUCUACAAAGAAUUAGUUAGUUGUGCUAAUCUAAGGUACGUGCAAGUCAGUUUAUCAGAAUCAGGAUUGUUAAACGACAUAAAUGUGAAUCACUGCAAUUUUCAAUUCGGUAAAGAGAGAUUUACAGUAGAAGAUUUCCUGCUCAAAUUAAGCGACGCAGGCCAGUUGUGCGGAUUCCUGCAUUCUUGCUACUUGAAAUUAGAAAACAUUAUAGAUUAUGACAUUUCGAAACGUUGCGGAUUCAUCAGGAUCAACAAGGAGUCUGUAGUGCCGUAUAGUGUGAUGAACAGACAGAAAUGCGUUCCGCUGUUUUACUUCGAAGGCGAGACUCAGGAUUUGAAGCAGUUUACUUGGAGAAUGGAGAAUUGGGAUUUGGCGUACUUGAAAUUUUGUUGUAAAAUUCAAGGUAUAAGAAAUGAUCUGAUUAGUGGUACCUCUUCCUUUGUUGUCAGUGUAAAUAAUGUAAAGUCUUUCUUUCCUCCCAAUUCCAUUUUCGAGGAUCACUGGCCUGCUAGAAUAAAACCAAAUAAGGAACCAAAACGAAAAGAAACUGCACCGAUUAUUUACACUUUAAGUUCGAUUUAUAAUAUGGCAGAAAAUACAUUUGCUGCCAAGGAUCACAACGUCCAACAACAAGGUCCUUCCAGCUCUUCUGUUGUACAGAAACCUCCUCUCAAAAAACAAUUGGCGAUAUUACCAAAAUAUAUUAACAUCAAGAACGAUCCUAUUGCUCCAAAUCACACGACCCCUAGUAUGGUUUCAGUAACACACGAAUAUUUAAGCAAUAGUUAUUCUGUUUAUAAAUUGCAGCACCUACUUAUUGAAAAUAAAAUUGUUGUUUGCAUUAACAUGAAGCCAAAUGACAUGAACGAUCGAUGGUUGGCAGUGUUGGACCUCAGUGCUGAUUUCUUCUUUAGAAUACCAGUCCAGAUAUGCGAGCAAGUUCUUGAUGUGCUAGGCAUAGAAAUUUAUAAAGCAAAUACCGCGCAAAUGAGGAUACUAAGAACUACUGGGAGAUAUAAUACUAAUGAGGUAUUAUCUAUGGUACAGGUGGAAAAGGUUGUUCAGUAUUUGCCACAAUUAACGUAUAUGAUUAAAAAUAUUGUAUGUAAGAGUCAGACUUCUAGUGUUCAGUAGGUUUAAGUUAUUUUUAGCUAAUUUUUUUUCAUUAUUGAUUGCUUAAAUGCCAAAAAUUAUUAAGAUUAUGGCUUUUAAUUUAUUUUUGAUAUUUAACAAAAUUAUUUUUAGAGACACUUUCUAACAUACCGUUCAAAAUUUCAUAAAAAAAA